UAGCCAAUCCGUUUCCAAUAGAAGGCGAUGAAAUAGGAAACAGGUGCGUGCGGCAUCCAUGAAUAUGGUUGGCGUGAGAAUGAGUAGCAUCCCUAGUGCGAACCCUCCACAGCCAUCCAUGCCUGCCAAAACUGUUAGGGUUGUCAUAAAGGGGCGUGUACAGGGCGUUUUCUACCGCAAUUGGACGGUCGAGAACGCCCGUGAACUUGGACUCAAGGGUUGGGUCCGCAACAAAAAGGAUGGCUCCGUCGAGGCCCUUUUCUCUGGAGAUCCCAACUCUGUCUAUGAGAUGGAGACCAGGUGCAGGCGUGGCCCUCCUGCUGCUAUAGUCACCGCCUUAGAUGUCUUCCCUUCCAACGAAGAUCCUGGCCCUGCUUUCGAUCGCAAGCCCACCCUCUAAUCUAUCUAUCACACUAUCUUUUGAUUCAACUGAGGGCUGUAAAGGAGGGCCAUGAAUAGCUGAAUGCACGAUCUUUUUCUGAGAAGCAGCUCAUCCACAUGUUGACUGAUGAUCUGAUGAAAGUCAUCUGUGAUGAUUCACCUCAAUUUGCAAACUAGGAAAUAUUGUUAUCAUGAGCUAACCCUACCAGAUUUCUCUUGUGGCCUUCUAAAGAGGUUUGGCCCCUAGUCCCUUGGAGAAAUAAUUAGUCACAGUGAGAAUUCAAUAUGCCCCUUAGACGGCAGGUAAUGAUCUGUAUGAUUAAAUCAAGCCCCAGCAUUAGAAUGGCCAUGUGAUUAAAUCAAUGUCCUCAGAACCUUGUGGAGCAAAGGUAAGUGGAAUGGGUGUAUAGUGCA